UUUGGUAUACAAAAAUUACUUUUGAUAAAUGUAUUGGGAGUUGGCUUUAGAAUUUUUUUUUAUGUUUGUUGGUUUUGCUUUAAGUAAAUUGUGCAUGGAAACAAAAGUAGAAAGUGGUAUAAAAGGCCAGUUUUUAAUACCAGGCUUAUUUCCAUUAAGAUGCUCCUCGUUGGAUGAUAUUGACAUGAGAACUGUUGCAUGGAUAGAAGCCUUAAAAUAUACAGUUGAAGAAGAAAACAAGAGACAAAACAAAAGUUUGUUUGAUUAUGUAAUUUAUGACACUUACGAUUCCACAAACUUUGAUAAAACGUCGUUUGCUAUACUAGACACUUUAAUGUUUUCCCCCAACAAUAAAAUUGCAACUUGUGCAUGCGAUGACUUUGUUCAACAAAACAAUAUAUUAGGGUUUUUAGGUCCAUCCGAAUCAGCUAACUGUAUAUACGCUCUCGCACUAGCAAUGCCUUAUACAAAUUUUCCGAUUAUUAGUUAUUCUGCAACAAGCGUGGAUUUAGAUAAUAGAAUUUUAUAUCCAAACUUUUUUCGUACGGUUCCCCCUGACAACUACCAAGCAUUAUUUAUUAUAGAUAUUUUAAAAAAAUUUCAUUGGACAUAUGUGGCCGUAAUAGCAAUAGAUAGCUCAUACGGCAGGGCAGGAAUUGAACAACUUGUAAAAGUUGUUGAGAAUGAUGUAUCUGGUGAUAGAAUUUGCUUUGCUUUUACAGCAAUACUGCCUCAAGUUUAUAAUCCAAGUAAAUAUUCAACUGUGGUAAAAAAUUUGAUAAAAGAAAUUGCAGCAAAUGUCAUAGUGGUUAUUGGAACAUUUAAUCUUGUACAAAACAUAUUAAAAGAAACGCAUAGUCAAAAUUUAACUAGGCGAACGUGGCUAUUAAGUGAGGCUACUGGUAAAAACACUUGGUUUUUUGAUUACAACAAUCAUGUUGGGAAUAAUUUUCUUUUUAUAGUCCAGACUGAAGGGGCUGAUGAUUUAUUUCAAAAAUAUUUUUUUGGUUUAACCUAUCAAAAUUCAAGUCCAUGGUUAAAGGCAGUAUUCGAAAAAUAUGGGGUUAACGAAAGUACGAAUAACUUUUCUACAAAUAACAUAUCACAAGUAUUUGACCUCAGUAUGGUUUCAUUUGUUCAAGAUGCUGUAAAGGUUUUAAUUGAAGCUUUUUAUCUCUAUCAAAAAACAUUUUCCACUAACAUCACGCAAAAAAUUUAUAAUAGAACAAAGUUCAAUGAGCAAAUCAAAAAAGUAAAUUUUCAUGUUUUGAAUAAUUCUAAAACCUUCAGCUUUAAUUCAAAUCAAAAUCCUGAGUCAGCUUAUUUUGAACUCUAUACUUUAAGCAAUUCUACGUUUGUGAAUAUUGCAUUAUGGUCAAAUAAUCUUAGUUUAAUGUUUUUAAAAAAUAACACGGAAUUAAAUACUAUAAAAUCAACAUGCUCAACACCUUGUCUUGCGGGAGAAAGAAAACUAGUAAGUUCAGUCAGUUCACUAAAACUAUGUUGUUGGACUUGUCUUUUGUGUCCGGAUAAUUCAGUAACUAAAUCCUCAAAUGAUCAAAAUUGUACGGUAUGCGAUGAAAGUAUUGAUGAAUACCCAAAUGAAAAAAAAGAUGACUGUAUUAAACGCAAACGCUUAUAUUGGAAUUUAAGUAACAGUCCACAUUUACCGCAUCAAGUUUUAACUUUAAUAUUUUGCAGUAUUGGCGCUAUAUUAAGUGCAAUUUUUAUUUUCACAUUUGUUAUAAAAAAAAAGACUCCGAUCAUUCGAUCUUCAAAUUAUGAGUUGUCGUUAAUUCAGUUAUUUUUUCAUUUUAUUAUGUUUAUUCUCCCACUCUUAACAUUUCCAGAGGAGACAAGCAUAAAAUGUGCCGUUAGAAUAUAUUUAGGAAGUUUAUUGCACGUGGUUGUAAUUACAAUUAUAUUAGUAAAAGUUACUCGUAUUGUUACUGUUUUUAAUCUAGUUAAUCAUCGUAAACUGUCAACAAAAAAAACAUUUUAUAUUCGAUCUAAAAUUAUUUUAAUGCUCGUAUUCUUUCCUUGUUUAUUUAUUGUAUUGAUUUUCGUUGUACACAAAAGCAAAUAUGAAGUAUUUCUUGAAGAUGAUAAAAGAGUGCCUCUACAAAAAUAUUGCAAUGCGCACAGUUUCUGGUUAUUUCACUUAUGUUACGUGCUCCUUUUAUCUACCUUGUGUGGCUAUCAAACAUUUAAAAGUAAAAGUCUACCAUGGAAGUUCAACGAAACAAGCAAGAUAGCCUAUUCUUUGUUUUUCUCUAACAUAACUUUGUGCGCAUUGGUUGGACUUAACUACAGUAGUCUUGAUACAAACACAAGAAAAUUUACAAGCUGCAUCCUUAUGAGUGUUUCAAUGUUUUUUUUGAUGAUAAUCCUGUUUUUUAGUAAAAUUAAAGUUGUAUGGUUAAACCCAGAAAAGAAUUCCUUAUCUGAAUUCCGAAAAAGUUCUUUUAAAACUGUGUACUCAAACGAAUCUCUUCGUUCUGCAUCAUUAAAUCAAAACGAUUUUAUUCCCUCUAUAUCGUUCAAUCAAGAUGAACAUCUUUCCUCUGCAGUAUUAAAUCAAGACGAAUCUUUUCGUUCUAGAGUAAACCAAGAGGAAUCUCCUCAUUUUAUAGCACUAAAUCAAUUUACUAUUGAAAAUAUGUUAAAUAUUGAAGCUUGUUAAAUAUAGUUAAGAAAAGUGAAGUAAAUAUUGAAUAAUGGAAUCAAACAAAAUCUCCAUCGCAGAAAUAGAAAGCCCAAAUUUUUUACGAAUGUUAUACGGACGUCUGCGCCAUUUGGAAAAAAAAAAACAGGGUUUAUGAAUAUUUGAUAAACUCAUAUUAGUUAGUUUAAUUCAUUUCUUUUUCCAUUUUUGCUUGUUGU